AUGGAACUUUUUAAAUUAGAUGCUACUAUUCGAGCAUGUGAUGAAUCCUUGUUGUCCCGUGAUGGCUAUCACCGUCUGGCUGCUAUUGAACCCCAACUCAUUCGAGAGCAUCAAGUUGCAAUACAAAGAAUUGAAAUAACCAACAUAAUGAAUGAAAAAAUUAGAAUUAGGACUUUUAAUACUGAUGAA